CUGGCGGGGCCGGGGACGAUGCUGAGGCGGUCGCAGUCGCGGCCCAGACAGGCGCUCAAGGGGCGGCGAGCUCAGCGCUAGGCCGGGCCCGGCGCCGCGGAGCUCCCCGCCGCUGUGGAGCUGAGGAGGCCAAAGGAAGCAGCGGCAAGAGGUGCCCCAGCGCCAGCGCCGCCGCCUCCGCCGCUGCCGCCAUGCCGGGUCCCCCCGUGGCAGGAGCGCCCCCCGGGCCGGACCCGGAGGAGCGCUACGACUUCCUCUUCAAGCUGGUGCUGAUCGGCGACGCCAGCGUGGGCAAGACGUGCCUGGUGCAGCGCUUCAAGACCGGGGCCUUCGCCGAGAGGCAGGGCAGCACCAUCGGCGUGGACUUCACCAUGAAGAGCCUGGAGAUCCAGGGCAAGCGGGUCAAGGUGGGGGUUGGACCGAGUGUGAGAGGAGGGAGGGUGACAAGCAAGAGGGGGGGCUGGCUGGCCUGCCUCUCGCCACGACCCCCCCCCGCCCCAGUUUGCAAGGGAAGGGGCUUCUUGCUCCUUCCACCCCCACUAGCCAGGCAGGUAACAGGUGUGGGGGAAGGCGGGCUUAGGUGGCACCAGACCUCUCUGUCCUCCUCCUGACAUCCACAGAGGUGCACUGAAUUCAUUGCCAACAGACUUUGCUGAAGGGUUUGUGCUAGAACUUUACCCUAAACACACUAUACUAAUUUCAGACAAACAAACUUUGCCCCCCCCCGACCAACAGGUAAGGGCAUCAGGUGUGGUAGCUGAGAAAGUUUGGACCGUGUGCACUUCGUGCGAUAACACACAUACAGUGGUACCUUGGUUCUUGAACUUAAUCCGUUCCAGAAGUCCAUUUGACUUCUGAAAUGUUCAAAAACCUUCUGAUUGGUGCAGGCGCCCCGGAAACAAAAACUGGCAACUGCAUCGGACGUUCGGCUUCCGAAAAAUGUUUGAAAAGCAGGACAUUUCCGGCCCACACUGCUGGUUGAUCUAAAGAGCAUACUGCAGGAAUGGUUUUAAUCCAUUUUGUGUCAAGGAUGCGCUUCUCAGGUGCUUGCUGCUGUCAUGUAUAUAUAGUGAAUUUUCUUAGGCCACUUCCUAUUGUGGCAGAGGGAUGUAGAGAACAUUGAUGCACACCACUUGGGAAACUGCCUAUCUGGAUGUGCUGCUAGUACAGAUAGUAACUCCUGUUUUGUGCAAAGUCUGAUUAUUUCAAAAUAUUUAUAGAUCAGUUGAUUGUACUAAAUCCUUAGAGCAGUUUACAACAACAAUAAAAUCAUCAGUAAAAAUCAGUUAAAAACAAGUAUUUAAAACUUUUUUAAAAAAAUCAACAAUAAGAUAUUAAAACACAUGUCAACCUUCUUAUGUCUGUAUUGGCUUGCCUAUAUAAAAAUGUUUGUAAGAAGCCCCGGAAAGAGUAUAGUGAAGGCACCUGCCUUGUGUGAGUAGGCAGGGAGCUCCAAGUGUGGGUGGCUACCACAAUGAAAGAUCAACUUCUUACAAGUGUUGAACAAGGAUUAUGUGGCACUUGUAACAGUGCCAGUUCCUCAGGGUGAAGCAAUUGAGUGGGCAUAUAAUAUUGUAAAAAGGGAUAGACAAUUGAAAAGUGCUAUGUACAAAAGUGCUCUGCAAAAAAAUGUUCCCUGUGCAUUUCAAACCUUAUUUGUAUACAUAACCUUGUAUGGAAAUCCCUUUGGGAAUGUUAUAUACCUUUCUGCAAUUGCUUGUGAAUUGGAAAUACUUCCAAGGUUAUUUAUGAGGAAGCUCCAGGAUAACCUCAGUUGGAGCAUACCUAAAGGAAACUUCAAAAGGAUGUUACAUAAACUGUUCAAAAUCACCAUCACAUCAGUGGCGAUAAUAAAAUGUACAGGAUAUGGUACACAGUGCUCUAAUUGUCAGGGUGUGUUUUGUUAUCACCUAGUUAACUUGGUUUUAAGCCAUAAAGCUCCCAACAGUCCACGUCACACAUCUGUUGAGUCCUGCUAACUACAAAGGCUUGUGCUGUAAUACUGUAAGCUUUUUCUUUUCUUUCUUUUUUUCUGUUGCUACACACAGACUUAGGAUCCAUAGCCUAUGUGUUUGCUGUGUUUACGUACUAAUGCUGCACACACAGGGACUGGCAAGUCAGUUUAAGCGUGAUUUCAGCCUCAUGCAACCCUAAGGUUUUGUUUUUGCCUGUCUAAUGUCCUUUUAAAAUCAUGCUAACACAGUACCUUUCUAAAAAAUUGACAUAUCUUUAGGCUAUUUGUGCCUCUUACGUUGUUAGACCUCACAGCAAAUGCCAUUUUCCCCUUUUUGACUGAGAAAUGGAAGCUAAAGGAUCACACUAAAAACCAUUUUUGAAUCUCCCUGUCCACAAUGUGACAUGUACAGUACCUAGAAUGCACAGUGCAUAUAAGUAAUAAGAGAGAGCUUCAAAUAUGUUUGGUGUUAUGACUGUAUCCUUUUCUUCAGCAUCACACCAGGAUUUUCUAAGCUGGUUUGGAAAAGUGCUUCAGAUGGUGCUAAACAGGUUUAAGAAUAGGCUUGCAACAAAUGUCAACAGACUUGUUGCGCAACUGCUUUAUCAUAUGACUCAUCUUUCUAAAGUGGCUUAGAAAACUGUCCAAAGUACUAGCAAAGUAAAUAGAAUGCUUUUCCAGAUGCCAUCUUGGUUUCGAAACAAAUAGCAGAGCGAUACUGUUUUCCCAAGGGCAAAUGCUCAUUACCAUAAACAUCACUAUGACUGUGCAGUGCAGAGUGCGUCCGUACCAGGAUUAGAACUCAAGACACUCUUUGCACUCUCAGUACAACUUCAUCAGAUACAACCUUGGAAUAUUAACUAACAUUGUCAGGCUAUAGCGCAGGGAUGGGGAAGCUGUCGCCCUUUAGAUGUUACUUGACUCCAACUCCUUUCAACCCCAGCCAGCGUGAUCAGUAGUCAGGGAUUAUGGGAAGUGGAACCCACCAACAUUUCGAGGGCCACAGCUUCCCUUCUGUGCUGUAGUAUGUGUGAGAGAGAGACCUAUAUGAUUUCCUGUGUGGUAGAUGUAUCUACUUUUAAAUAUAGGCUAUGUAAGCUGCUGGGGUGGGGGUGAAUGAAAAAUGUUAAUAAACAUGGUAGUUUUACUUUACCUUAUGUGUUGGAAGAGGAUUCCAUUAAUUAACGCCCCCAAGGUUUAUUUUUAUUUUUAUCUAAAUAUACAUUUAUAUUUUUAGUCUCUUUUUUCCUUUUUCCCCAGCAAAAAGGCUGUUGAGACAUUUUUCCUCUGAGACUGAAGCUUGGUCAAGUUUAUAUGCCAAACACACACAUGAAUUGCAAAUAUUUUCCUUCCUGGGACUCCACCUAGUACCAGGUGUCUCUCUGAAGGGCUCUUGGAGUAGAGCAGUGCCAACUGAAAAGCUAAAGAAGGCUUCUUACAUGUGGCAUAAAAUAAAAAUAAAUUUCUUGUGAUUGGCAGUUACACAUUACCGUAGAAGAAACUAGAUACACAUAGUCUGCUUUUAGAUCCCACUAGUAGAUGGUACACAGGUUUUUUUGGUAUUUUGAACUAAUUUUGGAUAGUCUUACAUUUGAGAAAUUCAAAUGACAUUUCAGACUUCCUUAGUUCAGUACUUGGCUUGGUUUAAAUGAGCUUUCCCAUAUGUGGAGCUUUGACCCUCAUGUUGCAGGAAGAUAAAAUGGGACCAAUGUCUUAUCUGCGUGACUGCUCCUCUCAUAAAACCAUUGUCAAAUGGGCAGUUUUUUACAAGUUUGAAAACCUUCCAUAAGCUUGAAUUUGUGUUCUGAGAAAAAUACUGCACGCUGCAUUUGCAUUCUUCUUGAUUACAGGUGUACCAUAGUUUUAUUUUGUUCAGUAAAAACUAAAGGUAUUUAUUUUAAGAGGUAAAUCAGGACAGUGUUUUUAAUUGCAGAAGACUGUAGGGAUAGUUGAUGUGUUAAUUAACCACAAUGCAUUUCAGUCUCACUGAAUACAUGACACAUAUAGCAUCCCCCAACCUUCCAGAACAGAAUGAGGGUGGGAACUGAAUGUGAGAGAGGGAAUUGGCAAAAUAGUUUGUAGAGCAAAGAAAAUAACAAGGAGCAAUCCAUCCACAUCCCUGUUCUCCCAGGCAUCACAGUGAUGAGCAGUGCCCCCAUUUGCUUUGCAACUACCCCUGAAACCUCCCUGCCUUCCUCCUUCCCACGGCUGUUAUCACUAGUGUGUUUAAGCUUUGGGGUUACUACAUGGGAAGGGCAGGUUAACUUCCCACCUCAUAUAGUAUUAAUCAGGAUGGGAGUCAUUUCUGUUGUCUUCUCCCACCCCAUAAUUGCUUUGGUGGGCAAGAGCCUGAAGUGCCUCUCUCCUGUGAGUCACUUUGGAAUUCUGACUUGCCAACUUCUAUUAGCUGUGUUGGAUCAUCCAGCUAAUGUCUCAAGACUGAGUUUGUGUAUGAAACAAAAGAACUGACAAGGGAUUUAUCCACCUUUUGUCUGGAGACUGGUCAGUUUUGGUUCCCAUUUUAGUUUCCUCUUCGGACGUUGAGUGCUAGUGGUUAGGUUCAGGAUAUGGUUUGGGCAUGCGGGAAGAAGGAUUUAUAUUGCUUGCUCAGCAAUGUUACAGUCAUUAUCCAGAAGUGUGGCUGGCACUUAUAUUAUCAUGUUCUAGGCAGCAAACCAAAUUACUGUGGCCUACUAGCUGUGGAAAGACCUGCAUCUUUACAGCAGUAACUUUGUGCUUUGAACUGGGAAAGUGCAGUGUCAUCAUGAGAAGUACUUCCUUGAGGCAAGUUGAGAGAAUACUGUACAGGACUUCUCUGCAUCCUCUAAAUCUUUGUUUUAUCAACAGAUAACUGCAAAAAGCUGUUACUGUGGUAGGAAGGUCAAGGAAGAGAUAGCAUUUGCGGAUCAUUGCAGCUAGUUAUCAGAUUGCUCCAUGUUGACACUUAACUCUCAUUCUAUUUCACAUGCAUCUGGCAGGAUUUCCUGAUCUUGAAUGCUAAGAUAGAUCUUUUUGUUCUACCCAUGCAAAUGCCUGAAGCAAUACCCUGAGAAGGUUGGUUAGUUUGUGGCUUGACACUGGAAAGCUGUGUUCUUAUGAACAGCAAAUCAUGCUGUAGUACAGGCAUAGGCAAACUCGGCCCUCCAGAUGUUUUGAGACUACAAUUCCCAUCAUCCCUGACCACUGGUCCUGUUAGCGAGGGAUGGUGGGAGUUGUAGUCCCAAAACAGUUGGAGGGCCGAGUUUGCCUAUGCCUGCUGUAGUAGGUCUACGAAAGCAAACUACAGGGGCUGCUAGUACAAUCCCAGAUGCUAUACAAGAUUUGCCCAUCAAAGUCAAGUGUGAGCUUGGGGCAUCUUUAGUUUUUGUUACUUGACCCUGAAGAGAUGUCUGUUCAUAAAUCUACCACAAAUUAGCUAUAUUAAUUGGGAAGAAAUUGAAUACUUUUCAAAUUAGUGUGUACUUUAGUAACUUGCUCACCUUUGCUCAGCACUUGAUUUUACAACAAGGAAUUUUGAAAAAUCCCAUGUGUCGCUUAUGCAAAUAUUUUGUAAGGACAUUGAUUUCUUAAUUAUUUUAUUAAAUGAACCUUCUGUAGGGCUAUCUGAUAAUUUGUUUUGUUAAAUCUAAUCUUUUGUAAUGUCCCUAAUGCUGUUUAAUGUCUAAAUGAAGCUGUUGGCAGUGGUCCUUGGGAGAUUUGGGGUGCGGUGUCAUCAGUUCACUGAUGAUACCCAUCUCUACUUCUCUGUAACAUUUGAAUCAGGAGAAACUAUGCAAGCCCAGGACCAGUGGCUGGACCAAGUGGUGGGCUGGAGGAGGGCCAAUAUUGAUAGUAAUUGAUACUAUUAAUUGACUGUUUAAUAGUAAGAUGGAGACACUGUGGGUAUUGUCUUAUUUGGAUAGGGUUGUAGUCCCCCCGAAGCAGCAGUUUUGCAGCUGGGGAUGCAAUCUAUCUGUGUCACUAGAGGCCCAGUCCCUCAGUGGCUAGGAGUACCUUUUACCAGCUUCAGUUGGUAAGACAGCUACAUCCGUUUCAGAACCAGGGUACCUUGACCACUGUCAUUCAUUUGCUGGCAACCUCCAGAUUGGAUUACUGCAAUGUGCUCUAUAUGGGGCUGCCCUCAAGGCUUGCCAAGAAGCUGCAGCUUGUGCAAAGUGAGACAACUUCACUGCUCACUGGGACAGAAUAUUCCCAUCCUAUUGCUCUACUCUUGAACAAAUUGCGUUAGCUUGCAAUUAGCUACCAGCCUAAGUUCAAGGUACUAGUACUGGUGUACAAAAACCCAUAUAGCUUGUAAGCAGGUUACCUAAAAUAUUGUUACAAGAAAGGAGAUUCCAACUAGACUUCAGGAAUAAGAUUUUGACAGUAAGAGCUGUUUGACAGUGCAAUGGAUUUGCUCAGGAGGUGGCAGACUCUCCUUUAUUGGACGAUUUUAAGGAGAUGUUGGAUGGGCAUCUGUCAUGGAUGUGUUAGUUGAGAUUCCUGUAUUGCAGGGGGGUUGGACUAGAUGACCCUGAGGAUCCCUUCCAACUCUACAACUCUAAUCUGCAGCUGUUUGAAUAGAAUGACAGCCCAUAUGUGUGCAGAGUUUGAAAACACAGUGGCAGAUUGAAAUGAGAUUUCUGAUCUGUAGACAUGGUCCACAUAUACCCAUUUCUCAUCUCAUGUUUAAAAAUAUUAUUAAAACAAAUUCUCUGCAGGGACAUUUCAUAUGAAAUACUUGAAAGUUUCCUAUAUAGGACAUGGUCCACUAAUAAUAAUAAUAAUAAUAUUUAAUAUUUAUACCCCGCCCAUCUGGCUGGGUUUCCCCAGCAACUCUGGGCGGCUUCCAACAACAUAUUAAAAUAUAAUAGUCUAUUAAACAUUAAAAGCUUCCCUAAACAGGGCUGCCUUCAGAUGUCUUCUAAAAGUCUGGUAGUUAUUUUUCUCUUUGAUAUCUGGUGGGAGGGCAUUCCACAGGGCCGGUGCCACUACCGAGAAAGCCCUCUGCCUUGCUCCCUGUAACUUGGCUUCUUGCAGCGAGGGAACUGCCAGAAGGCCCUCGGCACUGGACCUUAGUAUCUGGGCAGAACAAUGGGGGUGGAGACGCUCCUUCAGGUAUACAGGACCGAGGCCGUUUAGGGCUUUAAAGGUCAGCACCAACACUUUGAAUUGUGCUUGGAAACGUACUGGGAGCCAAUAUAGGUCUUUCAAUAUUGGUGUUAUGUGGUCUCGGCGGCCGCUCCCAAUCACCAGUCUAGCUGCCGUAUUCUGAAUUAGUUGUAGUUUCCUGGUCACCUUCAAAGGUAGCCCCACGUAGAGUGCAUUGCAGUAGUCCAAGCGAGAGAUAACUAGAGCAUGCACCACUGUGGCGGGACAGUCUGCGGGCAGGUAGGGUCUCAGCCUGCGUACCAGAUGGAACUGGUAGACAGCUGCCCUGGACACAGAAUUGACCUGCGCCUCCUUGGACAGCUGUGAGUCCAGAAUGACUCUCAGGCUGCGCACCUGGUCCUUCAGGGGCACAGUUACCCCAUUCAGGACCAGGGAGUCCUCCACACCUGCCCACCUCCUGUCCCCCCAAAAAGUAAUUCUGUCUUGUCAGGAUUCAACCUCAAUCUGUUAGCUACCAUUCAUCCUCCAACCACCUCCAGACACUCACACAGGACCUUCACGGCCUUCACUGGUUCUGAUUUGAAAGAGAGGUAGAGCUGGGUAUCAUCCACAUACUGAAGAACACCCAGUCCAAACCCCCUGAUGAUCUCUCCCAGCAGCUGCAUGUAGAUGUUGAAAAGCAUAGGGGAGAGGACAGAACCCUGAGACACCCCACAAGUGAGAGCCCAGGGGUCUGAACACUCAUCCCCCACCACCACUUUCUGAACACUGUCCAGGAGGAAGGAGCAGAACCACUGCAUAACGGUUCACCCAGCUCCCAGCCCCUCUAGACGGUCCAGAAGGAUGUUAUGGUCAGUGGUGUCAAAAGCCGCUGAGAUAUCCAGCGGAACUAGGAAGCAGCUCUCACCAUUGUCCCUAGCCCGCCAGAGAUCAUCAACCAGUGCGACCAAGGCAGUUUCAGUCCCUUGAUGAGGCCUGAAUCCCGACUGGAAGGGAUCCAAACCAAUUUCUCUCUCUAUUUAAAUUAUCUAUUAAAACAAAAAAAACUGUACACUUCUGUAGUAAAUAUCUGCCCCCCCCCCCAGUUGAGAUAAGGCAUAUCGCCUGAGAAAUACAACCAAUAUCUUGUAAGACCUAACAACUUCUUUAUUUUUUUAGUUGCAGAUUUGGGACACAGCUGGUCAAGAACGGUUUCGGACCAUCACCCAGAGUUACUAUCGAAGUGCCAAUGGAGCUAUUCUAGCCUAUGACAUCAGCAAGAGAGGCUCUUUCCAGUCUAUUCCUCGCUGGAUCGAGGAUGUCAGGAAAUAUGCAGGUUCCAACAUAGUACAAUUGCUGAUUGGUGAGUGUGGGGUAUAUUUUGGAAUGAGCUAAAAAUACAAAUUGCUAUGCCUCUACUUAAUAGGACCAAUAGCAGCCAGUGCAGAGACAUUUUCUUUAUUUCCUGGAUAUCUUGGAGAUGAAGAGACAUAUAUUUUCAAAGUUUGGAAAGCUUUGGCUUUUGGUUCCUACUGCAGUUCACAUUUUCACAUCAUGCAUUUUUGUUUGCUCUUGGGAAAAGCUGGUUUAGGAUUCUAUAGCCUUUAUUCUUUUUCAAAUUCAAAAAUACGUUUUAAAAUACUAGGAAUUAUUUGAGCAACGCACUAUUGAGCCUUCGAGUCCUCUGGGAUUUGACUCUUAUAGUUUAUAAUAUAUGGUAAAGCUCCAACAUACUUUAAGCCAGUUCUGUUUUUCUAGAAAAAGAGGAACUCACCAUGAAUGCCUCCUUUGUUCUCUUAUAAUGGCAAUGGCACCCACCUGAGAGGUGCUGGAACUGAGUUCUGCCUGAAAGAAAGCCCUGCUUUAAACUGAAUUGCACAAACAACUAUAGCUUAUGUCCAAUAUGCCAAAUGUCCUUUGUUACGGAUAUAUUUUACUCUUCAUUGCAGUUUAUAUAUACAAUGUUUGUCUAGAACUGGCACUGUAGGUAGACAUUCAGAAUCAUAUUACUUCCAGAGAUAAAAGCUGUAUUUUAACCACAGUUUAAUGUUACAUCCUUGGUGGUGAAUCUCAACUACAGAUUGUUUGAAAAAGCCAGUUUCAUGGUUUGAAACUGGCUUGUUUCCACCUUCUCCAGUUAAGCUUCACCACCGUUAGCUGGCUUUGGAUGACAUGAUAAGCUGCAGUUAAUAAAAAAUGGAAGCGAAAGCUUUCAGUCUUAUCCUUGUGGCUGCGCCAGAGGAGGGGGUGUUGGGAUUUCCAUUCCACCCUUGCUGCAGACAUGUGACAUGGGACAUGUAACAAUCCCACAUAUCUGCAGCAAGGGUGGAAUGGAAUUCCCAACACGGAGCAGGAAUCCUAACAGGGGAUUGGGGAAUGCAUGAGCCUGGGUGGAGGUUAGACUCAUUCCAGUCAAGACAAACCAUGGUUUAUUGUGAUGUCCAAACACCGCCAAUGAAAUACAGAACAAGGAAAAUGAACGUUAGUAUAGGAAUUUAUAGUGUGUGGGCUACACAGAACCUUUAAUUAGACAAAGUAACUAUGUUGAAGGUGAAUGCUUUCUAAGCAUCAAAACAGGGUGAAAUUUUAAAUCCACAAUCCAGAGUGCAAAAUGUUAUAAACCUAUAGUGGCUCAGAUUUCUUCGUCCUUCCUCCACAGACUUUCUAUCAGCUUCUACUUUCACUUGCUCUUUCUCAUCUCCAAGAUAAGUGGCAUCUCACCUCCAGCCUACUUCCUUCACCUGUGCGAUUCUGCUGCUUUCCAAGCACCCUUCCACAAGUCACUGCUAUUGUGUCUCUCCCCUCCCUCCCAUGGCUGAACACUUUCCCUGACCGUAGGAGAUGCAUUUACAAAAUUAAUCUGUAAACAAUUCCACUUUCUUCUGCCAGGAAACAAGUCUGACCUAAGUGACCGUCGGGAGGUUCAGCUAGAGGAAGCUCAGAGUCUGGCUGAGCACUAUGACAUCACCUGUGCCAUAGAGACUUCUGCAAAGGACUCCAGCAACGUGGAGGAGGCUUUUGUAAAGAUGGCAACAGAGCUAAUGAUGAGGCACGGAGGCCCCAUGUUCAGUGAGCAAAACACAGACAGCAUCAAACUUGACAGCAAGGAUGUGGAAGGAUGGGGGUGUGGUUGCUGAUGCAGGUUACGUUAUCUCUAACUCUUACUGGAAUUACGAGGGUACCUUCCCUUCCCUUAUAAUUACACACACACACACCGUGCUGCAUAACAAAGCAGCAGUAUCCUUUUCCUGCAAGCCCAAUAUUUUUGUAGGUUAGACAUUAACAUUUGCAGGAUAAUUUUCAAUAUGAAGGGGCUUUCUUUUGUAGAUCUAAAAGUUAGCCUUCCACGGCCGUUACUCUGUAGCAGUUUCUACCACCUUCUUUUCAGAGGAACUUGUGCAAUUUGAAAGUUAAGUUGCACAGAAGGAAGCCACUGGGAUCUCUUUGUAUGAAAUUGUCUGAACAAGAAAUUACUGUGUUACCUGUUGUAAAUCCCUGUACAUGGGAAGAAGACACUUCUGCUUUUAUGUCAGUGAGUCUUAACACUGCCUCUGUUUUUAAACUCUCAGCAUUCCAAGAAUCAAAGAAUCAGAAACCACACAGUGUCAUUCAAUUUCUCUGCAGGGACGUUUCAAGUAUGAAAUACUUGAAAGUUUCCUAUAUAGGACAAAUCAGCUAACAUUUGUUCAAUAUGAGGAACCUCCAUAGAAGAUAGGUUUUUCUAGACAUUAAAUGUAGCAUGUGGUGAGGGUUGAUUAAUGCUGUGGGUGCAAAGCUAGCUGGACAGUUUUUUGUCUCACAUUUUUCAGGCAAAGAGAGAAACCAGUAUGAGCAAAACUGAACUGAACACAUGGGUCACUAAUUUAUUUUCUUUAUUUCCAUCUUGGAAGACUUGAUCCUAAAAACAUUUCAUUGAAUGGAAGUCCUACUGAUUUCAACAGAACCUUCUUGGAACGUAAAUGCAUUUGAAAAUUCAUCAGGCUCACUUCCAAGUAAAUAGGCUUAGGAUUGUAAUGUCAAUAUUAAGGUUUGUUCAUCAUUUAUUUUGCACAUUUUUAUAGCCCCCUUCUUGGAGAUAACAUGGUGUACCUCUAAUAUUCAGUGUUAUUAAUUUCAUUUAAAAUUCAUAUUCAGUACCUAUGAAAAGAUGAUGUUUUUGUUUUUUUACCAUUUGCUUCUUUAAUUGCUGCAGUGCAUCAAAUCAUUUUUAUUGAAGCUUAGUUUCAGUUACAUAUGCUGAUCAUUAAUGUUGUUGCUGGAGUAUUUUUUCCAUAGGAUGUCAUCCAGCUAGAGCUUCUUCCUAUUUAACUUUAGAUAUUAAAUUUUUGGAGGAAAUUGCAAAUCAUAAAUUAUUUAAGGUUGUUUUAUUUUUUGUGCCAUGAAAUCAGCUCCUCGUGAAGUUUGUCUGGGCCAGUUUUGUUAAGAAAUUGAUAAGUGUCUGUAAACUGCACAGUCAGGUAUAGGUGAUCCCUGCUAAUUUUCCUUAAAUGUCCACCCAUGUUAUGGAGCCCCUAUAAAUCAUGAAGCAAUUGCUCUCAUGUCAGAAAUUGGCUCAGGAGCUCCCAACGUGGGACACAUUUUGUGAGUUGUAGGAUAACCCUUUUAAAUAAUUGAGCCUGUUCUCUUGUGGAUCCCCCUGCCCCUGCCACUAUUAGUCAGUGCCACAGCACGUUCUUUCAAAUGGUAUCUUCUCGUUUCUGUAAGAGGAAAAAAAUCUUCUUUUUUUUGGUAGGUCUGCAAUGUAUUAAUGAAACUAUGUGACUGUUUCUGCUCAGCACAUUUAACAUAAGGAGAGUUUAUGUUCGUCUCAGGUUAAAGUUAUGCCUGCAGUUAAGAUGUGCAGAUGUUGCCCACAUUUUUUUCCUCUUUUUAGCACUUUAAAACUAAAAUAGGUUGAAUAAAGGAUUGAAACCAGAGAAAAAAAUGCAUCAACGGAGGCUAAAGGAAGCUGACUUUCCCACUUGCAGAAGGUGUCUCCACCUGAUUUUCAGGGAUCUCCUCUUUCCUCUCAGUUUUCUCCCCCCACCCCCGUGAUACAUCCCACUCCAUACAACAGAGACUCGGGCCCGGGCUGUCAGAAGAAAGAGGGGGUGGAAAGUAAACUUUCGGUGCACUUUUCUUUGGAUUCAACUCCAAAGUAUCUGCAAGCUGUUAAGCCAGCUUUUCAGUGCUUAAUGUAUUGUACCUAUUAAAAGGCCUUCAAUUCAGAGCAAAGGACAAAGUCUCUGAAAAGCAGGUCCCUGCACCUGGACACUCGGAAGUCCCUGAUUGUGUUAGGAAAAUGCAUAUUGUAAAUUCAGAUUAUAAUUCAAAAACAUCAAUUUAUGAUUAUUUCAAUUAGCAUUAAAGAGAGAAGACCUGGAUAAGUUUGGUAUCUUGGAUCAUUUUUAGAAAUUGAUAUGAUUUAUCAGAAAAUCCACCCAUGGCUAUAAAAAAUAUGGCACCUUCUGUCUGUUUUGGUUUUUGUCAUACAAAGUAACUGACCGUAAAAUUUGUUUAAUUAAAAAACUCAUCCCACUGUUUCCAAUCAAAGAUGGACCCAAAAUGGGUUCUGUUGUGUUUUUGCUUGUAGUUUUGAGAGCAGUGGCUUUGAUUUCAAGUGUGUUAGAUAUAAUAAAUAAAGAGGCCUUACUUUCUGUUAGGGAUAGUUUUCACAACUACGUUUUACAUAGCAAUGCAGUGUGAGGUGUGACAAAGAAGUUUAGCUUCUAAAUAGGACUUCAUACCAGGAGACAUCAGGUCCACUGCAUCCAGAAAUUAAAAAAAGCACUGAUUGCCCAGCAGUAACUGAUCACUGUAUUUGGGAGUUACAGAAAACUCCAGUGAUUACCUUAACUAAUUGUUGGUAUCAAACAAAUGUUUCUACACUGUGAGUACAGUCCUCCAGGCACUUCGGUUGCAUAAUUUAAAUGAAUGGAAGCUGAUUAGCAACUGUGCCUAGUGGGCUUGCAUCCAUCCCCUUUAGGCCAAGCCCUAAACUGAUGUGCCUGUGUUGCGCAGGAAAGUUUACAUCAUAGCCAGGUCUCAAAUCAACUGAGUAUUGUAAGGGUCUUCUCCAGCUAACUCUUUGAUGAUGCCAUUACAUCUUUAGGAUCACUUUGGAUGGAUUCUGACAUGAUGGUGCUCCCAUGAUGAUGACGGUGGUGAUUUUAGAAAUUGAUCCUUAAAUCUACAUUCUGGGUGUGAUCUAUAUAAGAUUUCCAGGGUUUAAGUGAACAGGAUCCUGUUAGACUCUGUUCACAAGAUUGUAGUCACAAGCUCCCAGUUCAAGACAUUAUUCUGGGACCACCAAAUGUUUCAGAAUCGACCUGCUGCCUCCGAUCUAUGCACAUUUUAUAGCAAGUAUGCUGAGAAUACACAGAACUCAGCUGUUAAUGUUGUCUUGACAUUCUGUAUUCUGAUGUCACCUGAGAGUGAAUGAACAGAAUGCAAUGGCUCUUUUCCCAGAUUAGGUUCCUUGUGAGCCUACUCUUGUAGCCCUUGAAUAGCCCUGAAUUUGCUACAAGUUGAGUUCUUUCUCCAGGCCAGUCAUACAGAUAAGAUUGUACUGUACUGUAGCUCACCAAACAUUGUGAAGGAACUGGCUUUUGUUACAACAUAGGUAAAUCUGAGACGUAACUUUAAAGAGUAAUACGAACCUAUCUCGUAUUUACAGAGUGUUCUGACACCCUUUGGAGCCAGUGCCUAGUAAAAGGGCAUGAGCUGUUAACAGAAUAGUGCAAGCAACUGGCAGCUGCCAAAGCCACCUGUAUCACUGUGGAUCUGUGUGUGCUUGCAAGUGUUUUAUUGAAAAAGUGGUAAUGAGGUUGCAGCAGAUGGGGUGGCUAAGGAGCUACUCUUUGUGUGUGAUCCCUCCCUUCCUAGAGUGCUUAAACCUGAUGCCCUACUAGGAGAUGGUGGAGUUGGUGGCAAUGAUUACUUGGGGAUUGGUGAAUGUGUAAUAGAGGCUUAUCUGUGGUUGGGAAGGCGGGAACAGAUAUGCAUCUAUAUACAGAGACAACAGUGACCUUGUCUUUUCUCAAGUGGCAUGUAGUGCUAGUUGUCCUAGGGAUCUCAUCUAUGGAAGAUGGCAGAAUGUACUGCAGGGUAGAAUUCAGGAUUGUAACCCUAGACUAUUGGGUCUGGUCUUUUAAUGGGGGAACUUGGUGAGAAAAUAUUCAAAGCAGUCUCUUAUCACUGGAAAGAAACUAAGCACUUUGUUUUUCCUCAGUCUUUUUAGUACAACCAAUAGCUGGUUCCCACAAGUUUAUUGUGUAGGAAAUCUUUUAAUCAGAUGGAAAAUGUAUCUCUCAAAAGAAGCUUCCCAGUACAAUAUAGAAAGAAUCACCCAUCUUGGACACUGGGAAACAAUAAAUCUUUGCUACAAAUAAAUGCAUUUUUCUGCCUAGGAUUUCUUUUCUUUCCCUCAAGACUCAGGGCUAAGUCACAUUUUACUUUAGCAGUGGCAGCGGAGGAGCAGUCUUCUGGUUGUUUUGCCACUGGCCCAGAUCAUGUGCAUUGGCCCUCAGCUACCAUGCAGAUGAUCUGUGGAGUCUGCCUGGUUCAGUCAGAGGUUAUAUAAAAAUAAGUUGCAAAUUGCUUUGCCCUAAAUCCAGUUUUUUCUUUCAAAAUAUUGUACAACUUCCUUAGAUGAAUGAAGUUGUCUUGUAUCAUUCAACAUUGCUAGAUCAGAAUAAAACACACUUGCAUGCUAAAGACACAAAACAAUAGAAGAGGGAAAUGCAUUUGCCAAAAUCAGUUUAGCAUAGAAUGUAGAUGCAUAGGCAGAUUUCACAGAUAUCGCUAGAAGCAGCGCAUAGAGCACACACAAGAUUCUGAUGCUGAUACUAAAUAGAUAAUCAUUUGUACUAAAGACAGUUCUCAAUUAGGGUUUGGGUGCUUCAGAUGUGCCACAUUUGUUACAUGAAAGCAUGUUUUGUGGCAUAUUUUCUGCACAAAAAAUGCUGUUACUAAACCUGCCUGGCCAGUUAAGCACAUAUGUACCUUUCACAAUUGAUGGCACCAGACAUGCUUUUUACCAUUUAUAAUUGGAUUCUUUUUGUAGCAGAGCUUUUAAAAAAUAAAGUACAAACACUUACUAAAAUAGAGUUCUAUCUGUGUCCAAAUUAACCUGGAAGUCUUUCAUUAGAAGUGAGUACAUUAAAUAUUUCAUUAGAAGGGAGUACAUUAAAUGUGUGAUUAUGUAGCCUGUGAGGAGAGUUUAUGGCCUAAAUCUUUGAAAACUGUUUCCUGGUAGUUGGAACAUAAUCUAGACUUUUAAAGAGUAGCUCAUAGUUUUGAAAACUUUUCUGUUUAUAGCAAUAGCAAUCAGCCUUAAAAUAUUAUUAUUUGUAGUUGUUCUUCCCCCCCACCUUCCUUUACUGGCUUGCAAGAUUAAAUAUAAAUUUUGCUAUACAACAAGGAAAAUAAAGUUUAUAAGUACUAUGGAUUUCACCAUUUUUAUAAGCAUAGUACUUGUCCACAAAAAUAUUUUCCAAAUGUCAUAGCUUUUUUUUUUUUAGAUGCCCGCCUUACUAACCUAUUGGCAAUUUCCAUCUUAAUGCAUAAUCUAUGCAAAUAUUUGUUAAUCUAAUAUGUGAAUUUAGUACAGUGCCUUCCUUUUGUGUUUUUUCAAAACAUCUGAAAUUAGGUAAUGUUGGACAUAUAUAUAGAUAUUUGCACCUAGUUAUGUUUAUCAUUGACCCAGUACGAGAUUGGAUUAUUCUUUAUUAGACACAAAGGUCUCCAAGUGACUUACAAUACAUUUAAAAGCAAAAGGCUAGAUUCAACUAACUGGUCCCACCAGUGGAAGCCCACAAAAGGGCUUUCCCCUGUCUCCUCCCUGUGCCCUCUCAGUUUGCCCUGUGGGGGUUGGGAGAACCCCCAGGACGGUGUAUGGGGAGAGAAGAGGGGAAAUUGUUCCACUGGGCAAGCAGAAAUGCUUGUGCUGACAAACAUUUGUACCGGUGCGCUAACAGAAUGUACGUGGCAGCAAAUAUCGGUCACCAUAGUAGGUAAUACAUCACACAUACAAUCAAUCAUCCAGCCAGAGUGACUUCAUAUAUUACCUAAAAGUGUAGGAAGAGACGUCACACUUUGUGCUCUUUUCACUAACUCUGUAAUGUUGAAGGAGAAACUCGCACACAUUUCUCAUGGAAAGAGGAGGUGGAGGAAUUGGCAGAGCUGUUCCUACUUUCUCUUCCAUUCUGUUCUCUUUUUCAAAUGUGCGACAUCACCCUGGUGGUAUAAAUAAAUACAAUCUUUGCUUCAAAACAAAACGGUGAGUCAUACUAGAUAAAGCACCAGUUUCUCUGAAUCCUCUUUCCCUACUUUUAAAACCGAUCAUCCAGGCAGCGACAGCAGAAGUAAAUGCCUUCUGCCUUGCUCUCACAUCUGUGUUUGCUUUCCUUUCCAUCCCUCUUCCUGCUCCUCCCUGACGUUUUUCUGGCCCUGUUACGGUCAUGGCUCUGCUUUGUGCUUUUAUUCUCAACUUUUAAAAUAAACAGGGAGGCGGCAGCAUCAGAAUUAAGGACUUGGUGACGGCAACUUUUGAAUUGCUCAGAUGGGCAGAGCUGUCAGAAGUGUGGAAAACCUGGAACUUGAGAAGUGUAAGGAAAACAUGCGGGGUAUUAUGGGUGUGAUUUAGUGGAUGAAAACUUUCCCCUUGGUCCCAAAUUUGGGUACCAGGAAAUAGCAUGGAAUGGGACCUCUAUGUAUUUAGGACCAGUGUGUAAGCUCUCUACCUCACUGCACGGCGAUCCCAAAUCCCUUCUAAUUUGUACAACUGGGAAAUAAAUUUACAGGGUAUAGUAAAUAGACAAUCUGGAAUGGUUUGAUACUAUGGUUGCCUAUGGUGCUUAUACACUAUCUUAGCUGCUUUGAUUGUAUUUUGAGAAAAUAAAAAGUGCAUGAGUGAGACACGUGCAUGCUCUUAAUAUAUUGCUGUUGGUCACAGUCCUCUUAUUGUGAUGCUAAUAAUUUUGCAGUUUAUGAAAUCUGGUUGCUUGUACUGUGGUAUACAAAACUGUAGGGAAGUUUUUGCUUUUGUUUUUAAGCUCUCUGCCUGGGGCGGGGAGCGGGGAGCGGACGUUUGAGAGAUUCUCAAGCUUUAGAGAACUAUUCCCUACCUUCCCAAAAUUUUAGAUCUCACAAGAAAGACAUGCAUGCAUGUCCAGCCUUCCAUACACAGUUUUACUUCCUUGGGACCCACGUGCAAAUUAGCUCUAUUUGUGCAACUGCAUUGUGAUGUGUGUUCUCCAGUCCCCAUCCAUAGUGAUACAAGAGAUGUAAUAGAAGAGCAUAGUGCCCCAAUCUGCCUAAGAUUACAAUCCUCCACAUGUGUACUGGGGAGUAAGUACCAUAGAAAUCAAUUGACCCUACUAAGUAUACAUGAUUGGGAUUGUUUUUUAUAGCCAGGGGGAAAUAAGUGAUAUGUAUUGGGCCGCAGCUCUUUAAGUCCUGCUGAGAUUAAUGGAAUUUAAGGACAACUUCUUCUAUACUGAAAUUGCAUAUCUUUAUGAGAAUCAGUACUUUGAUGUGAUCAGGUUAAUCCAAAUACUAUCUCUAGUUCAGUUUACAUACACCGACUAAAAUAACUUACAAUGAUUUGGGCAGUAGUAGGGAAGGACAAGUUAAACCUUUUCUUUCUCCCAUCUCUGCUCAGAAGCAUGCCAUUCCUGCAGCUGUUUGCCCAUCCAUGGGGGCAGAUACAGAGGUGUGUCAAUACCUAUUAAGUGCAGCGAAAUUUGUCUUGUAUGCGUGUGUCUAUCACACUUAGUUGCUGUUGGCAACUAAGCCUGACCAUCAGGUCAUAGUCUAAUGGUAGAAUCUGUAGAAAGAUAGCACAAGGCUAUAAAUUCAGGUAUUGGGGAUGGGGAUGGAAAUGCAAGUCUGCAAUUGUGGUGUUGGCACAGUCUGGAAUGUGACAGAGAUAAUGCCUGCACUACUUUUGAAAGUGGUUUUUAGGGAAAUAUUUAGUGAUGAAUACUGACACGGUCUUUGGAGGUUCCUCAUGUGCUCUGUGUUGUCAGUGGCAUUUCCUAUUCUGUAAUAGUGCCUCAGAUGUUGGUGUGUGGUUAAAAAAAAUAAAUCUCAUGUCCCAGGGACAUGCAGCUUCCACUAGCCAUAAAAAAGGCCUGGCUUACAUACAUAGUGGGGAGAAAGUUCUGAUUCAUAUUGAAUUCAUUCACUUCAUUCCAAAAAGGACUUUAAAAGGUUUGAAGAACUCCGGUGUAAACUGAAGUGUUCUGCAUUUUUUAAUAAGUUUUAUUGCUUGUAAUAAUCAAGGUUUCUGGGAACAGGCAUAGAGCCCAUCUUUCUGAUCACCGGCAACUGUCUUGCUUUUCCUAGCACAGUGUUUACCAGGUGGGGUGGAAUGCAAGAUGGCAAGGGAACAAAGCUUGCGUACAAUAGUCAAUUUUGACGUUUUAUUGUCACCUAUUUAUGAAUUUAUAAGAAAAAGAAGUUUAUUUUUAAAAACUAUGAAACCUACUUUUUUUGUAAAUUUUAGCAAAGUCUGUAGCAAAUGCAUUGUAAUGUGUAUAAUAAAAAUGAGCGUUUGGCUAA